CAUAAUAGUGGUUCUCUUUGACCCCGAAGGUCGUUAACAUUUUGGGCGGACUGAACCUUUUUGAAAGGUUGCAAAAAUCGUUGCAAUGGACGACGACGAUGCAUUCCUGUAUGGCGAGCCCAGCCAGGCGGACACACCAAAGGCAGAGUUGGCAACUUCUGUGGUGCAAGCAAUAUCGUUUGAGGUCGUGAAGGCAGUUUCGAAUGGUGUACUCAAGGACUUCGAAGCCAAAGCUGAAGAAGAAGAAGAACCGCCCUUUGGUUUGGGUGCUGAUGAGUCCGAAGCCGGGGAUGAUAAUGCUGCUGGAGAUGAAGAGUCGAGCGACGAAGAUGACAUUGAAAUUAUCAUGGAUCAGCCCUCACGGUCUAUAGACAACCGGCCACAUGUUCCUCCUCGACCUGCUUUAAGCCGUUCCACAGGCGGUCCACAGUCUACUCCAAGUAGACCUCCCCCCACACAAUCACAGCUAACCACCGAGUAUACACCCCGCGAUAGGAAUGUACCACCUUCAAAACCGCCCCUUGCUCAUACAGGAGGUACACCCCAAACGCCCUCCGUGCCCCGAGAAUCAGUAUCUGUUGCACCAGAACAGCCCGUGUUUCUCGAAGGUCUGGACCCAUCAACACUUCCUCCUGCCAUCGCACCACCUUCACAUCCUUCUAUAAAUCUGGAUAUACCUGGCAUUCUUGAUGGUCACUCUAUACUUGAAGUUGACAUCGGUGCAAUGGCAGAGAAGCCAUGGCGCCUUCCUGGGUCUGAUAUCAGCGACUAUUUCAACUAUGGAUUCGACGAAAUUUCUUGGGAAGCAUACUGCUACAGACGGCGCGACUUGGGCGACCUUGCAAAUGUCCUCAAAACCAACGUGCUCAAUUUCGCAGCUAUGCCAGAAGACCAGCUGAUAGCCUUACCUCCGGAACUCCGUACGAUGGUCGUGACGGGCGCCAACGCCAUGAUGAACACUGCCAGUCAGGGCAUGAUGGGACCCAACGUCGGGAUGAACCCCAUGAUGGAAAUGCCCGGUAUGGGCCCUAUGAACAUGGGACCAAUGGGCAUGGGCAUGAAUGGCGAUAUGAGCAUGCAGAUGCAGCCGGGGGGCCCGUUGAUGCAAGAUGGCCCCGUCCCCGGCCAGGGUCCGGUAGGGCAGAACGGCACGCCGGAGCAGGGUGUGCAGAUGGGCAUGCAGGACGGCUUCGGGCCGGGGAUGAUGGGCAUGGGCGGCGACUUUGGUAUGCAGCAGGAGCAAGGGCCGAUGGGGCAGCCUAUGUAUCCCAGCAUGGAGGGCAGUGCAACGCCAGUGCCAGUCCCUGUGCAGACCCCAGUGCCUACGCCAGCUCCUGUUGCGCCUGCGCAUAUGGGUCGCGGGGCACCCCCGGCGCAAUUCAGAGGACGUGCAAUGGCUCAAGGCCUUCGCGGAAGAGGCGGUUUCGCUGGACGGGGACGAGGAUAUGGCGGAGCUCCAGCAGGACCUGUUCGCCCAGCUUCACCGUUACCGCCCGGCGUGCCAACUGGUCCCCGCAAUCAGAACAGGUACAAAGAUAGAGAUAACAACGCGCCUGCUGUCGAAGGUCUCGACUACGGAGGCACGGUAAAGGACGGCGGAGGAAGGACGCCGUCAGGGGAGCCAGAAGAUCGUCUCGGCCGGAAGCGACGAAUUUCACCAGGCUUGGAUGACACCCGGGGAUCUAAAAGGCGCUGAGAUGCGCGCGCAUAUGUAUACGCUCUCAUUAUUGUAUCUCACUCUUGACACUGUCCAUGCUGUUGAUGCUGACGCGAAGUUUGUCUGCUGAUCUAAGUCAAUGACGGAAGUCGUGGAACGGGGCCUUGAGCAUCUACUCUUUCAUCUCAUGCAUGGCACCGCACAUUGGUAGUACGAUCUCUCCAGAUUUCCAUCGUUGGUCGGAUGAAUACCUGCAAACAGACCUAGUCUCCCCUAGCCAGCCCUAUAUAUACGAAGGAAGAUAGUCGUUCCUUCUAAUAAGAAAACAGACCAUAAUCUUGCGCAAGUUGUGC